AUGCUCCUUUACAACAACCGGAGACUGUUGCGGCUCCUCUUGCAGCGACAGGGAAGCAUUUUCUUCCGGCCUGAGACGCUGCUGGCUGGAUUGGUACUUGCCGGACUUGGUGCCGCCGUCCAGCAUUCGAUAGAUAGUGGCUGGGAGUACGCUCCGAACAUCGAACACCAUUACGGCUUCCAGGCCGUGGGGGUUGGAGUUACUUUCGCCAUCGUCUUCCGAACCCAACUGGCGUGGGGAAGGUUCUGGGAGGCAGUCACCCAUCUCCACAUGAUGUACAGCAAGUGGAUGGAUGCUUUCGCACAGUUUCAGGCUUUUGCAGAGAUCACGGCGAAGGCAGCAUUCGAGGAGGGCGAUCGAGCCAGAGCCGACCUGCUUUGGCAGAAGCAGCUACGGAUGAAGUGGAACUUUGCCUUGCUCAGCGCCUUUGCAGCGGAAAGGCUUUCACGUGGAGACAACGAGCGUAUGAAGGACGAUGGCUUCGAGCGCAUACGCUCACGGAUUUCCAUGCGCGUCGAGGACGAGCGCUGCGCAGCUUCGCUUCCGAAAUUCGUGGAGAGGAGGCAUUUCAAGCGUGACAGCAUGUACGAUGCCUAUCCCGUCUUCGAGGUCCCCUCAAAGGACCAGCAAGAGCUGCUGGUGCGAUCGUACGACCACGUUGCCACAGUGAUGUACUGGAUUGUCUGGGAUUUAGCCGAUGCCAUGAAGCAUCUGGACAUUGCAGCGCCAAUCCAGUCUAGAAUGUAUCAGGAGCUGUCCAAUGGCAUGCUCGGCUUCUGCAACUGCCAAAAAGUUGCAGAUGUUCCAUUUCCCAUGCCUUAUGCACAGCUGCUUGGUUGGCUGCUGAUCGGCUUCUCGUGUUUCAUCCCGGUGUAUGUGACGAUAUUCACUGGCUCCUAUAUUGUUGGGCCUAUUUUGUGCUUCAUCCUCUUCAUGAGUCUUUGGAGCUUGAACGAGGUUGCCAUGGAGCUGGAAAACCCUUUCGGGCAGGAUGCGAAUGACAUUCCGCUCUUGGACUUCCACCUCCGCUUCACGGACGUGCUGGCAGAAAUUUGCCAUUCCAACCAUCACGCCAUGCUGUGCCAACCCCUAAUGGGGGUGGAGCUUAGUGCUGCAGAGGUCUGUCGCGCUUGGGUCUGA